AUGCAUCAAGGUACAGUCCAGGAAAGUGGCACGCCUCUCCUUGGUUCGGAGAUAGCCUUGGAAACGAUGAAUCUCCAGAAUGGUAGCUAUCAAGACGAAUAUGUUCAGGAAUUUGGCGGCAAGAGUCCUCGUGAUAAGCUUUUUCGUAUGCGACGCAAGACUGAUGACGAGCCAACAUCUCGAAAUACAGUCACAGGUUGGAGGUUUAGUGCAUUAUUUGCAGCCGCCGUAACGCUUGCUGUCUUGAUAGGCAAUGUUACAAUUGCGGGUGUGUUUACCUCAAGGGUACGAGCUCAAGGAUACACCUCAAACGUCGCACCCAUUAGCGUUGGUAAGUGCGGCGACAUUAAGAAACUUGGCAUUGGGAUCCAUCUUGUUAUCAAUAUCGUUAGCACUCUUCUUUUGGGAGCAAGCAACUACUGCAUGCAGACUAUAAGUGCUCCGUCGCGCGAUGACGUUGAUAGAGCGCAUGCAAAGGGCUCGUGGGUAGACAUCGGCAUACCUAGCCUCCGAAAUCUGUGGUUUAUUAGGAAUCGGCGAGCUUUUGUCUGGUUCUGCCUUGGUAUUACUUCUAUUCCACUUCACCUUGUGUACAAUUCUAUCUUCUUUGUAUCCGCUAACAACAAUUUGUACCGGAUCUGGUAUGCCGACGACUCCUUUGCGCGAGGUGCACCUUUCAACGAGACGUUUUUCACACAAGCUAUAGCCCUUGGAAAUGUCAACGCCGACAAAGUGCAAGAUCAACUUAUGCACGGCGAUCGAUAUCAAAAUCUCACUAAUGACGAAUGCAUCAACGCCUACGCAAAAACGUUGAUUGAGGAUAGAGGGAACGUGAUUUUAGUCAUGGAUAUACCCGAAAACUGCAGCAUCUUUAACGAUCCUUUUGAUCUGAGAUUAAGCGAACCCGGACACUCUUCUCACGCGAAUUGCGGAAACACAUCGGCCACGUCCUUGUACGCAGUUGACAACUACAACAAUAAUUUCAGUCCCGAAACCGAUCCCUACAUCACCAAUUGGUAUUACUGGAUCUGCUCACAAGAUGAUGGAGCCUGGAAGGACCAGCUGGGAGCAGACCCAUGGAAAGUCCAUGGCAUCAAGGUCAAUUACUGUCUUAGCGAAAAACUCAACAGUCAAUGCCAGCUGAGAGUUUCCCUCAAUCUCAUUUAUGUGGUUAUAGCCUUCAACGCGGUCAAACUGAUUAUCAUCAUCCUCAUCGCGACAAGUCAUUGGAUCAACGACGAGCCUCUGGUAACUGUCGGAGACGCAGCUGCUUCUUUCAUUGAGUCUCCUGAUCCGAGAACGAAAGGAAUCUGUCUCACAUCUGCGCGUGAUUUUAGAAAUAACAAACUAUCUGAAGAAAGAUCCCGGACGGUUUACCAUCCUCAAAGAAAACGCUGGUUCUCUGCUGGCAGCCACUUCCGCUGGACAAUUGCCACCCUGCUGUGUGAUUCUUGGGCUGCUAGGCUAUGCCUCAAAGAUGUUGGGAAGUCGCUUUUCUCGCAGCGAUUUCAGUUCUUUAUGUCUUUUGGUAUCGGGACUAUCAACCCUUACACGCUCAUCAGAAACUGGAAGAUCCCAACAGACGGCGAUCUAGCCGUUGCUGGUACCAUCCUCCUUACAAAUUUGCCUCAGCUCAUCUUGUCUUUCAUAUACUUGAUUCUAAAUUCCCUGCUCACGUCGAUGGUUGCCGCCGCAGAAUGGGCCAGUUUUGCUCACGGUUCACACGAGCCACUCCGAGUCUCCUUCCCCAGAGGGGCACAGAAGUCUGCAUUCUUUCUGGAGCUUCCAUAUCAAUAUAGUAUCCCCAUGCUAGUUCUCUCGAUAUUGAUGCAUUGGCUCAUUUCUCAGGGAUUCUUUAUUGCACAAAUAUUUGAGAGGUAA